AUGGAGAGGGGAAAGGUCGAGAAUUCUAGGGUCCGUCAAAAGUAUGACAUGUCAAGGAACAGAGAAAGGGUAAGGAACUGUUUGUAUCAAGAUUGGACCGUUUAAGGCUUCCAAAAAUGAUCCCAUUGCCCAGGAAAGGAAACUCAUGGCCAAGAAGGAGACCGAGCUUAACAAAACGAUCGACGAGUUGCAUGUAUCCGUUGAAAAAGUAAGUUGACAUGACUGCAUAACCACAUAAUCUUCAAGGCGAAAGCAUCAGAAGAAAAGUUAACGAAAGAGAAUGAAAUGAUCAAGAAGAAUUAUCAGGAGAAGGAGUUGGAGGUCGAAAAACUAAGUCAAUUCUGGUUGUUAAGCCAACAACAACUGCAGAUGUUGGAGAGGAAGAAUGUGGAGUUGGAGGCCAAAAUGCAGAAAAUCCAAUCUGUCCACGUAGAGACUGUUUCUGUACGUUUUGUGGAUAAACAGGAUUACAUUACAGUUACUACAUAAAAGAAUCAGCAUGUUACAACUAAAUACUCAACUGGAAAAAGAAAUGGCCACUCAAACAGACCCCUUUGGCCAAGAUUCUGAUUGCACGGGACAGAUUAGUGUGUCCAUUCAAACCGAAUCUGAAUGGGAUAGGAGCAGUGUAAACGAUCUUUUGAAGGGACAUGAUGAACAACUGGCUGAGCUGAUUGCGGAGAUCGAAAACACGAAAAUCCAGGCUCAAGCUGAUUAUAAAUUCGCAGUCGUUCAAAUGGAACAAGGACUAAGAGAGGAGCAUGAAGAGGAGGUAAGUUAUAUUAGCUAGAACAUUAAAAUUAAUUUAUUGUUAGUUGCGAGCUGUGAAAGAAGAAAAGGAAAGGCAGCUUGAAGAGAUGGUUAGAAUACAGAAUGAACAACUUCUGCAGUAUCAAGAGACCAAUGCUGAGACAAAAGCACACCUGAAUGCGGAGAUUACUCAGCUUAAAGUCGAGAAUAGUCAACAGCACAACGAUCUUGUGGCGAAAGAAGAAGAAUGCACUGCUCUGAAUGACAAGCACCACCAAUUAGAACAGCAAUACGGAGAUCUCCAAGGAAAAUAUAAGGUGUUAAGUCACAGUUAUGAGAAGAAUAAGGUCGAUCAAGGGGCUCUGAAGGUAAGACAAGCAUAAGAUGACUAAAGUAGCUUUAGAAAGACGUUAAGACCAUUGCGGAUCUCAGAAAUCGGAUGGAAAAGAUCGAAGAGAUCAAUGAGAUAUUACUGGGAGAGUUUAAGAAGGUAAAUUACAUCCGUUUCAUAAUCAAUAAAAAUUUACGUGCUGCAGGUUGAAGAUGAAAAGAAUUUACUUACCCGUCCGAAUAUGAGAAACCGAGGAGGAUCCACAUCCAGUUUGCAAUCAAUGACCAAAGGAGAAGCCUAUGGAGAACUGGUGGACAACAUCCGGCGGGAACAUGGAGGUUUGGCCAUACAAUAA